GAAGGAAGGAAGGCAGGCAGGCAGGCAGGCAGGCAGGCAGACAGGCAGCCGUGUUAGCCAACAGCCGUUAGCCCCCGGAGCGCCGCAACGUCCCAGCCUACCUGAAGUGAGCGUCGCCUCUGCACCGCUUCUUUCCUGAGGAGAAGGGCCGACCCUCGGGACCGUGAGCCAGCUUCGUCUUCACCUGAAGGGAGGAAAGCGCCACUUUAGCAAACGCCGCUCACUAUGUUGGGAUUUGUACGUCACGGACUACGUAGGAGGACCUAGAAAGUUCCUCCACUCCAAAUCCCUUUGUACGAGUCGGGAGUAGGGAAUUGUUUGGAAUCUUUACAUCAACACAAAGAGGCUUAAAGUGGUAUUUCAAGGCACCACCGGAUAUGCAGUGCUCCACCUUUCGAGAUGCAUCGUGUGUGUGUGCGUGUGGGUCGACAACAAACUCGGGAGGGAUUGUGGGAGAAUGCGGGCGGGAAUGGCGGAGAUGGAGCGAGAGCAGCAGUGGUCAGCACGUCACAAAUCGACCCCCUUCGUUUCGUGCGCGAUUCAUCGUCACGUCAAUCGUCAAGUCGUCAUUCCGGAUCGCGACCGUCACGAUUCUUGUCGUUCUCAUCGCCGUGCACGCGCCUCGGUUCUUUUUUGGCCCGCUCACCUUGUAGAAGAUGAGCUUCGAGGUCCCGUAGAAGCCCAUGGCCGGCCGCGGAGGAAGAAGCGGGCGAGCACCGUCUCGGCUCGCUCGCUCGUCACGUCACGUCACGGGGACGCGCAAAGACGCGAACGCGCAAAUGAGUGGCACGGGACUUUUCUUGCAUUCGUCAGUCAAAGAACAAAAGAAAGAAAAGCUUUGGAACUCAAACGAACCCUCCCGGAUGCUCCCGCAAUUUCAUUUCCCUCAUGUGGGUUGAAAUCAGGUGCGCUUCCUAUUGUGCCUUUUCCCCUGCCGGCCAAUGAAAAAAGGGGACCGACUCACAAAUGCAAAAGCAGCAUUCAUUGAGGAUUCUUAUCAAACGAAACGCACAUCCUCCUUCUUGUUCAAAGUUUGCCAUUUUGCGGGGCUUGAUUGAAUUUUUGGAACGCAAUGCUUCAGCUUGGUUGGGCACUUCUCGAUGAAGGAGACGUACAAGGAGAUCAAAUCGUAAACAAUAAUGUGCUUUUGCUUUCUCACAGCUGACUGAGCAGCUUUUAUUUGGAGUUUCUCCUUGCCGAGCGACCCGAAAUCCCACCACCUGGGCUGUUACGUCAUCAUGCACCAAUGGCGGAAGAGUAUUCCUCGUGGGACGAGGGCUCCCUCUAGCGCCCCUUUCAACGAUUUGCCUUCAAGCCAGUACAGUACAUUUACUUUACAGUAAGUACAGUAACAACACAUUUACAUUUCAUCUCCUAAUUACCUAUAUUUAGGGGUGUUCAUGUUCAAACGGGUUAUAAUCUUACAGUGGCUUACAAUUAUAUUAAAAAUACUUCUUAGCAGUGGCGUCGCUAGGCCUAUUUUAGCGGAGCUUCCGCAAGACCCCCCCCCCCCCCCCCCCAAAAAAAAAUAAAAUAAUAUAUAUAUGUAUAUAUAUUUGGUAAUAUGUGGUAAUGGCGAAGGUCCCCUAAACAAAUACUGUUCUGUACAAAAUACACAAGUGGUCUAACAGGACCGUCGGGGUGCCCGGAAUCUUGCGGGAAGCGUUUUGCGGAGGAGGCGGGGCAGGGGCCCAACAAACACGCACGCCAAGCCCGUCGUCGUCUGGAAGCCACAGAAAAGAUGACGAGGAACAUUGGGAGUGCGCUGCCAAAAAUGGAUCAAAGACGUCGUUCAUGGGUUACAUGUCGUAAUUCUAGCCGGGACCGAUUUUGUUCCCGUAUUCACUAUUGCUGCUGAAACCGUGCAAAUUUCCCCAGUGAGGGAUGAAUAAAUAUGAUCUCAUCUCUUCAUGAGGUCGUAUACCGUAUGGAAUCUAAAGUUUGGAACUUGAAGUCCUGGAUCGCUUGAGGUGUAUUUUUCCGAAGGGUGGAAUAGAUCGGGUCUGUUUUUCCUCACUUUUAGAAUAGAAACUCAUUUUGGAAGAGUCAAGUGUGGUAUCCAAUGAAGGCUACCACAUUGAUGAAGAACUGCAAAAAGGAAAGGCCAAGUAGCAACCUUUCCCGUCUCGUCGUCUUCUGACAUUUUGCUCUUGGCAAACACGACGACGGGCUGUUCCAUUUUCGUAAAGGCCGCAUCCUCCUCACGACACGACACCGAGGCGUCUCCGGAUUCCGGCGCUCCCGACGCGUGAGCAAACACGAGCGAGCCUUUGCCCUUCGGCCCCUCGCCCUCAGCGGUCAACCGUCGACAGUCGGCGCAGAAACAAGACGAAGCCGGAGAAUGAAAUCCGUGCGGUCAUCUGGAGCGACGGCUUGGGUUUAUUGGCUACUGGAAGCUAAGCGAUGUUUAUGUGCAGCCUAUCACAAGUGGCCAACGGAAGCGCACGUCCUCCCCCCGCGGCCUUUGUUCCCCUCUCCGCUUCCGCUUCGCGCCGUUUGACUUUCGCCGUGCGACGCGCUCGCUCGGCUCGCCGCUGGAAGUCGGGAUGUGUCGUACGGGGAAGUGCGCCCGCUCGGUGGGCCUGAUCCUGCUGCCGUCGGCCUUCGUCUGCAUGACCGCCAACCUGCUGCUCUUCUUCCCCGACGGCCAAAGUCUGGAAAACGAUCAGAUCUCGCUGCAGGUGUGGCUGAUGGGGGGCCUGAUCGGAGGUGGCCUCUUUAUGCUGUGCCCGAGCUGCUCCGCUAUCAGGGCCGGGGGCAAGGGUUGCUGCGGAAAGGGUUGCUGCGGCAACCGUUGCCGGAUGCUGAACUCGGCGCUCUCGUCGGCUUUCGGUCUGGCGGGCGCCGUCUACUGCGCCGGCGUGGCCUCGGCCGGGCUGGCCGUCGGACCCAAGUGUCGCGUGGCGGGAGACGUCUGGAAGUACCCCUUCGAGGAGCUCGGAACGGGCGGCGGGAGCUACCUGGCGAACCGGACCUCGUGGGAGGCGUGCGAGUACCCCCGCAAUGCGGUGAUGUGGCACGUGGUUCUCUUCUCCGUCCUGCUGUCGGCGGGCGCGCUGCAGAUGGCGCUGUGCGCCGUCCAGGUGCUCAACGGCUGCUUGGGCUGCAUCUGCGGGGACUGUCGAGACGGCGAGGAGGACGAAAGCGGCUUGUGAAACGGGCUGCCGGGAUCCGGCGGAGUUCUCCCGCGCUGACCGGACUGGGUUUUCCUUCACCGCCCAUCUUUUACCGUACACCUAAAGCUACUUCGACUCCCUUUCGAGUACACGCUGAGCUCUUUAUAUCGAACGAAACGCACUCGGGCGUGAUCCUUUAUCAAUUCAAGACUGCGCGCUUGACAAACGUACGAGAGGAGCAGCCAGUGGAAAAGUCAUGCCGCAGCGUUGCUAAUGCAAAGCUGAAAUUCUAAUCAUGAACACGAGUCGUACCUUUUCCGUAGGGAUGCUUUUACAGGAGACCGAAUUGAUACAAAAACACCUAACGGUCUUCAACAAAAGCCAAUUCACGAAAAGACAUUGUGACCAGUUCAGUGAGCUGCAAUUUGGCCGUAAAAGGCGAACGGACGUCUCAGUCCGUCGUCGCUGAGCGAAACGAAAAACUCCACACGCGCGCGCUUGACGAUGCCGGAUGCUGCCUUGUCCUUUUCCUACAUUUGCCAAGCACUGGAAGUCAUGAAAUGGCUUCUCGUUCUGUCAAAACUGCAAAUCACAGCUUGUCGAUUAAAGGUGUGACAAACGGUCAAA